AUGGCCAUCAAGUCUUGGCUACCCUAUGUCCAACUACGGCCACCUACUUACCAGGAGCUCAGUGACAGUAGUAUUCCCCAUGUGGACCUCACCAUCCCUCAUGCCUGGGAUCCCUCCCGUCUUGACUCUGUCCCUGAGGAUGACUGGUUCCUUCAACAGGACAAAACCCUCUACGAUGACGUAGUGCGGAUCCCCCUCUUUAGGCGACCUUCGAUGAAUGUUAGACUGCACGACUACUUGUGCAUACACUCUGACUGCCAGAACCAGUCCAUUGUUCGUCGUGGCAUUAUGGAAUCCAUGGCACACAUCAUUUCCGACGAGAUUGACCUUCCCCCCCUCAUUGAACGAGCAUCCCACGGUUAUGACUCGGACUCCUCGGAUGACAGUGACGGUUAUGCUUCUGAUCCUGAUACGACAUGGCAAUGCCAUGUACAAAACCGGGCCCAACGCCGACGCCCGCGCUACCCCCCUCCCACCCCUUGGCAGCCCCUUUGUCAUCAGGUGCUGCGGAGGAUUGUUCAGGACCAACUUCAACACAAGCUAAGCAAAAGGUUGAGAAUGUAUCAGACCUUUGGCGCCACGAACCACUUCGCGCUUCGAACAACAGUGCCAAGCACCACACCGGUUUUGAGUUCCCACCCAAGUCCCAGAAGAUCAAGACUCAGAGCACCGCCAAAAUCAGGAGGUUCUUCCCAGGAGUUACCGAUGAGACUAUCAAGCAAACUCUCAAUGCUACCACCCAGUAUGGAGCCAAGGGCGCCACUCAGGGAAGGACACUGA